AUGGCUCUGGCAAAAUUAGCUUUCGUCUUCCUUACGGCUCUGAUAGCUGUUAACUUAAUCUUUGCCGAAGAGGAAGAACUCUCGCAAUUCGAAGGACAACGUUUUGCACGUUCCGCAGAGGAAUCAGGAGAUUCCCAGGGAAGGCUCUUUGGCAACAGAUUUACUUCAUGUAACUACACUGCAACGCCUGGAUCUACUUGCCAAGGAUGCUUCACGGCUGUCCGUUGUCUUCCAUCAAACGUCGGAAUAGUGCGUUCUUGCCGUGGUUUCUUACCUUAUUGCAAUGGUGGCAGGUGCUCCUUCAUCGCAGCCACGAACUGCUCGAGCUCCGGUUAA